UCGCGUUUUACCGCCAUUUUGAUUUCUUUGAAAUUAAAGAUUCUGUUUAUUCCCCAUUAUAGUCCAAAUAUUACGGCUGGAGGUGGAAAUCACUGAUAUAAUUUGAAUGCAUCAAUUAAUGCGAUUGUAGUGCUAUUCAAAAAUGUAUAUAAAACAGGCAAUUAUACAUGGCUUUAGAAGUUAUCGAGAUGAAACUGCAGUGGAGCCUUUCCACCCUAAGCAUAACGUAAUAGUUGGAAGAAAUGGCUCAGGAAAAAGUAACUUCUUUUAUGCCAUCCAGUUUGUACUGUCAGAUGAGUUCAGUCAUCUGCGUCCAGAACAACGUCAGGCUUUGCUUCACGAGGGCACAGGAUCACGUGUUAUAUCUGCCUAUGUUGAGAUCAUCUUUGAUAACUCAGAUAACAGAAUACCUAUUGAGAAGGAUGAGGUCGUGUUGCGUCGUGUCAUCGGCUCAAAGCGAGAUCAGUAUUUUUUGGACAAGAAGAUGGUUACGAAGACAGAUGUAAUGAACUUGUUGGAAAGUGCUGGGUUCUCAAGGAGUAAUCCAUACUAUAUUGUCAAACAAGGAAAGAUCAAUCAGAUGGCUACAGCUCCUGACCCUGCCAGGUUAAAGCUACUGAGAGAAGUAGCAGGUACAAGAGUCUAUGAUGAGCGAAAAGAGGAAAGUAAAAAUAUUCUCAAAGAAACAGAGGGAAAACGUGAGAAGAUCCAAGACCUUCUUAACUACAUAGAAGAGAGACUUCAGACACUAGAAGAGGAAAAGGAGGAGCUAAAAGAGUACCAGAAAUGGGACAAGAUGAGACGCUCCCUGGAGUACACCAUACAUGACCAUGAACUCAGGGAUACUAGGAAAAAACUUGAAGAGCUGCAAGAGAAGCGUGAAAAGAGUGGGGCGAAGAGUACAAAUCUGCGAGAUUUGGCCCAGGCUGCUGCAGAUGAGGCUAGGAAAUUCAGCAAGGAGUUACGUGACCUGAAAACACAGCUACAGAGUAUCCUUGAUGAGAAGGAGCAGAUCACGACAGAGCAACAAGAGCUGGUGAAACGUAAAGCCAAACUAGAACUUGAUGUAAAGGAUAUCCAAGAUGAUCUUGAGGGGGACACAAGUGCAAAGAAAAAAUCAGAGGAAGAGCUGCGUAGGUUGCUGGAGAAGAUUGCGAGAACAAGAGACUCCCUGGAGAAGAUUGCUCCCCAAUAUGAUGAGGUCAGAGCACAGGAGGACCAAGCAGCCCAACAAUUAGCAAUAUGUGAACAGAGACGUAAGGAGUUAUAUGCUAAGCAGGGAAGAGGCAAUCAGUUCACAUCAAGAGACCAGAGAGACGCAUGGAUCAAGAAAGAACUCAGAUCUCUAACCAAAGCUGUUAAAGACAAAGAAGAUCAGAUCUCUCGAUUGCAAGAAGAUUUGGAGAGUGGUGGAAAGAGGGUUGAAAUCCUUGCAGUUGAAAUUGAAGAUGUCAGCGAGAAGAUAGAAAAACACAAAGACAUUAUAGAUCAGAAUAAUAAAAACUUUUAUGAAAUGAAGAAACAAAAAGAUACUCUACAAAAUGAAAGAAAUGUAUUAUGGCGGCAGGAGAAUACAAUGCAACAACAGAUAGCCUCAGUGCGUGAUGAGGUCAGCAAGAAAGAACAAGCAUUACGAUCAAUCACUGGCAAGGCAGUGUUGAAUGGAAUAGACAGUGUCCACAAGGUGCUUAACAUGUUCAGGGACAGGGGGAUGAACCAGGAGACUUUAGAUGGUUACCAUGGUAUUAUGAUAGAGAACUUUGAUUGUGAUAAAACAUUCUUCACCUGUGUAGAAGUGACAGCUGGUAACAGGUUGUUCCAUCAUAUUGUUGACACAGAUAAGUUUGGUACCAAGAUUCUAACAGAGAUGAACAGAAUGAGAUUACCUGGUGAAGUUACCUUUAUGCCUCUCAACAGGCUUGCCACCAGUGAUACAAGAUACCCAGAAUCAAGCGAUGCCAUCCCAAUGUACCACAAAUUGAACUUCCGCCCAGAGUUUGAUAAAGUAAUGAAGCAUGUCUUUGCGAAGACUCUCAUAUGUAGAAGUAUGGAGGUAGCCACUCAGAUCGCCAGGACACAGAACCUUGACUGUAUCACUCUUGAUGGUGACCAAGUGAGUCGCCGUGGUGCUCUAACAGGAGGUUAUUAUGACACAAGGAGGUCUCGUCUUGACCUGCAGAAGAGUAAAGUAGAAGCUGUUCAGCAGCUUGAGACUCAAGAGAAGGAAUAUAAUGAACACAAAACUAAACUGCAAACUCUUGAGGGGCAAAUCAACUCACUAGUCAGUGACAUGCAGAGAAUGGAAACCAAGAAUAGCAAAAACAAAGAUAUUUACGACAAAAUGAGAGCUGACCUGAGGUUGAUGAAAGAAGAACAUGCACAGUUAGAAAAAUCUCGACCAUCAAAGGAGAGAAGUCUGGCUAGUCUACAACAGAGUCUUGACUCCAUGAAGACUACUGCACAGUCUCUUAAUGAAGAGUUGGGCUCUGAUCUCCUUGCUCAGCUCUCUACUGAGGACCAGACAGAGGUUGAUAAUCUCAAUGACCAAAUCAAAGAACUCACUAAAACCAAUAAGAAUUCCUUCAAGGAAAGAGUCCGACUCGAAUCUGAGAAGAACAAGAUCGAGAACCAGUUAAAUAACAAUCUGAUGCGACGUAAGGAACGCCUCAUUGCCGAUCUGGAGGAGAGGUCAGCAGAGGACCGUAAACAAAACCUUGACACCAUGGUAACAGAACUAAAGACUGUGGAUGAUAGAAUAGCAGAACUGAAAGUUAGAGUCAAAGAAUUAGAUGAUAACUUGGAGCAGUUAAAUAGGCAGCAACGAGAAGUGAAUAAAAAUCUUGAGGCAGCUAAAGCCCAGGAGAGGGAACACCAAGAGAGAAUCACAGAUGAUGUGAAAGAUUUAGACAAAAUGACAAAUAAACAGAGUCUCCUACUUAAAAAGAAAGAUGACUGUAUGAGGAAGAUCAGGGAGCUAGGAUCUCUACCUAGUGAUGCAUUUGAAAAAUAUCAAGAUCUCAGCAUUAAACAGUUAUUCAAGAAACUAGAUCAUUGCAAUAAAGAACUGAAGAAAUACAGUCAUGUGAACAAGAAGGCAUUGGACCAGUUUGUUAACUUCAGUGAGCAAAAAGAGAAGUUAUUGAAGAGGAAGGAUGAGUUAGAUCGUGCUCAUGAGUCAAUUAAAGAUUUAAUGAAUGUUCUAGAUCAGAGGAAAUAUGAGGCAAUACAACUUACAUUUAAACAGGUGUCCAAGUAUUUCACAGAAAUCUUCAAGAAACUUGCCCCUCAAGGACACGCUGUCUUAGUCAUGAAGAAGGGAGAAGUUGAAGAUGAUGAUGCUGGUGGCCAGGACAGGGGACAUAUUGUAGAACAGUUCACAGGAGUUGGAAUCAAGGUUUCAUUCAGUGGGAACAGAGCUGAGAUGAAGGACAUGAUGCAGUUAUCUGGUGGACAGAAGUCUCUUGUGGCCCUCACUCUUAUAUUCGCCAUCCAGAAAUGUGAUCCUGCUCCAUUCUACCUGUUUGAUGAGAUAGACCAGGCACUGGAUGCUCAACACAGGAAAGCUGUGGCAGAUAUGAUUGCUGAGUUGGCCAGUGAUGCACAGUUCAUCACCACAACAUUCCGACCUGAACUACUAGAACAUGCUGAUAAAUUCUAUGGUGUGAAAUUCAGGAAUAAAGUGAGUCAUAUUGAUUGUGUAGUAAGAGAGGAAGCCCAGGACUUUGUGGAAGAUGACACAACCCACGGUUAGGUCAUUGUUAAAGGGGCUUCUCUGUGAAAUGAAUGGCUUCCAGGUCAAUCUUGUAGCGAAACCAUGGCCCUUUAACGAUCAUGGAGUUGAAUAUCAUAAGGAACUUAACAGGAAUAUCAUUAUAUCAUUCACUCGACUAUCAGAGAUAUCAUGGAUUUACACAAAUAUCAUAAAGUUGUUGGAAUUAUCAUGAAGUCAGCAUGGACAGCCAGACCCAAGACAUUGUACAUAUUUCAUGUAUUUCUUGUACAUAACUGUUUUAAACUUACAUCUUUGAAUUGGUAUUUAAUAGCAUUUAGAUUGAAAUUUAUAAUUGUAUUGUACUGUACUGUA